CUGGCGGUGGUUUGGGGGCUUCCGCCAGCCUGGCGGCCCGGCUCCCGCGGGGAUCCCGCGCCAGGUGUCAGGAAGCGGAAGAGCAGCGCGGGGGAACAGCGGGAGCCCUCCUGGCGGGGCGGCUUGGCCGCAGCGAGGGUGCCGGUGCGGGGACGCUUGUUUUCUUGAAACCUGGCAAAAAAUCCGACCCGAGCUGGGGGGUUCAUCGCGCUUUUGCUCCGGGCUGAGGCCGAAGCGGGAGAGGCCGGCUCAGGUGGAGGAUUCCUCAGAAACGAGGUGGUUUGCUGCCCCGGGGAAGCAGCCGAGCUGGCAGCUACCAAAGCGACCCCAGCAAUCCCCCCGCUCUGGAUCGCGAGCUCCUGCUGGCGUGUUUUCGUGCUGAUGUGUACAACGCGACAGGUUAUCGGCGCUGCUACGGGCACCUGGCUGAAACGGCCCCUUUCCCGGCUGCCAGGCAGGAGGAGGAAAUAGCUGUCGGGAAGAGCACGCCAGUGCCGACAGGCAGCAGUGCCAGGCUGAUGCCGAGCUGCUCCAUGGCAUCGCUAGCGGGAUUGCGACCAGCGCUCCCGGGAGCCCGCCGGCACGCAGGAACGGGGGCCCCGAGGGCCGGCAUCGGGUGCAGCGCCGAUGCUGGAGGCGAAGGAGGGCUUGCUGCGUCCCAGUGACUCAGCCCGCUGAAUCCUCCUCGCCGGCGGCUGCAGGAACGCUUUGUCCGCCCGCCACGGCCUCUGCGCGCGCCCACGCGCCGGGAUGCGCCAGCAGCCGAGUUUGGGCUUGGGGAUCGCCAGGCUGCCAGAGGAGCGGGGAGUUGCUCCGAGACAGCGGGCGAGCGCUGGGACGUGCCCCAGGUUCUCUUCUAGAGGUUUUGAGCAGCUGGGCACCACCCUCAAGAGAUGUUUGGGGAAAAAAUGACUAGUGUUGGGAAGAAGCUGCUCCGCCGGCGGGUGCUGGAUCUGAGCUCCGAGGAGACACGUUUCGCUCGCUGCCUCUCCACGCUGGACCUGAUCGCUCUGGGGGUGGGCAGCACCCUGGGGGCUGGUGUGUAUGUGCUGGCAGGGGAGGUGGCCAAGGAGAUGGCUGGUCCCUCCAUCAUCCUCUGCUUCCUGGUGGCUGCGCUCUCCUCGGUACUGGCCGGACUCUGCUAUGCUGAAUUUGGGGCACGUGUCCCCAAGACAGGCUCAGCCUACCUCUACAGCUACGUCACCGUGGGUGAGAUCUGGGCUUUCACCACCGGCUGGAACCUCAUCCUCUCCUACGUGAUAGGCACGGCCAGCGUGGCCCGUGCAUGGAGUGCAGCCUUUGACAACAUCAUCGGCAACCACAUCACCACCUUCUUCACGAACAAGACCAUGCUGCACCUGCCGGGGGUGCUAGCCGAGCGCCCUGACUUCUUUGCCGUGAUCCUCAUCGGACUGCUCACAGUGCUGCUGGCUUUCGGCGUCAGCGAGUCUGCCCUGGUGAACAAGAUCUUCACGGCGGUCAACCUGGUAGUGCUGAGCUUCGUCAUCAUCGCCGGCUUUGUGAAGGGAGACAUCAAGAACUGGCAGCUCACAGAGGAGGACUACCUCAACCACUCAUACCUGAACAUGCCGGAGGAUGCCAGGAGAGAGGCCUUUGGCUCGGGCGGGUUCGUCCCCUUUGGACUGGAAGGGAUCCUGAAGGGUGCUGCCACGUGCUUUUAUGCCUUCGUGGGGUUCGACUGCAUCGCCACCACGGGGGAGGAGGCCAGGAACCCGCAGCGCUCCAUCCCCAUCGGCAUCAUCGCGUCCCUCCUCAUCUGCUUCGUGGCCUAUUUCGGCGUCUCGGCGGCGCUGACCCUCAUGGUGCCCUACUUCCUCCUCAACAAGGAGAGCCCGCUGCCCGAGGCCUUCAAGGCGGUGGGCUGGGAGCCGGCGCGCUAUGCCGUCGCCGUCGGCUCGCUCUGCGCCCUCUCCACCAGCUUGCUGGGCUCCAUGUUCCCCAUGCCCCGCGUGAUCUACGCCAUGGCGGAGGACGGGCUGCUCCUCAAGAGGCUCGCCACGAUCAACAGCCGCACGAAGACGCCUCUGUUGGCCACCAUCAUCUCGGGGUUCCUCGCCGCCCUGAUGGCCUUCCUGUUUGACCUGAAGGACCUGGUGGACCUCAUGUCCAUCGGCACGCUGCUGGCCUACUCGCUGGUGGCGGUGUGCGUGCUCAUCCUCCGGUACCAAGCCGGGCAGCUGAACUCGCCGAAGGCCGUGGAGGUGCUGCAGCUGCGCGGGGACGAGGAGGAGAGGGCGGUCAUGAACCCGGCCGUCCCCGCCGCGUCCGGCAGCGAGCGGGAAGAGAAGCUGUCGGCAGCGGCGCUCUUCAGCCCAUCCUCGGACACCCCCACGGCGCUCUCGGGGCGCGUGGUCUGCGUGUGCGUCUCCAUCCUCGCCGCGCUGAUCACCGUCGUCUGCGUGGUGCUGACGGUCAAGGUGGACGCGCUGAAGGCCGCCAGCGCGGGCUCCGUGGCGGGGCUCGCGCUGCUCCUCGUCGCUCUGCUCGUCCCCACCGUCAUCGUUUGGAGGCAGCCGCAGAGCAGCGCGCGGUUGAACUUCAAGGUACCUUUCCUCCCGCUCCUGCCGCUCUUCAGCAUGUUCGUUAACAUCCUGCUCAUGGUACAGCUCAGCGCCGGCACCUGGGUGCGCUUUGCCGUCUGGAUGGCGGUGGGUUUCUUGAUUUACUUCGGCUACGGGAUUCGGGAAAGUGCGGAAGGGAAAAAAGCGAGGGAACCCCACGCCGCGGUCGAGAAACCUCCGUGCCGUCCUGGAUCGGACUCGAGCCCCGGGGCUGCGGUGGUGAGCUGUCACCUCAUUCUGCAGUCGGCAGGUACCAUCAAAUCCUCCUCCUCCUCCUCCCAACAGGUGACUGGCGCGGAGGCUGUGGAUGGGUGGGACCUGGAAUUUGAGGAAUCCACCCUGGGGCAGACAGAGGAGACUCAUCUGCUCGGGAUAUUCCUGUAGUGGUGCUGGGUUGGGAUCACUGGCCAAAAGACCAAAGCCUGCGCUGAGCUAGAUGGCCAUCUCUUGAUAGCUGCGCAGCUCCAGGCAGGUCCUGACCCUGCUGCUUUCUGUGGCAGCAGCUUAAGUAUGAACCUACUUGGUAGCUGGCGUAAGGCCAUACGCAUCUGAUAAUCCUCCCAGCCUCAAGCUGCAGCUCGUGGCUGGCCCGCCAAUCGGGCAAGCCUCGCUGGCUCCUUGCUUUGCCUUUGCAGGUCUGGCAGGAUGACCCCUGCCAGGUGGUCGCUGUGCUCUUGCUCUCCUUUCUUUGCAGUGCUGCAGCUGGUGACCUGAUUCCUGCUCUUGUUCCCCAGUCCACGCUGCAGCCAGCCAAACCGCGGCUCUCGGUGCAGCCCGUCCUGGAGCUGAUGACAUGCUGUGAUGAAGCUUGUGCUCAGCAGGAGGCUGCUUCGGUCCCGCAGGGUUCCCAAGAGGCUCUCUCUUACGAGGCAGUGUUUGCCAGCAGCACCCAUACCUCCACCACAGUGGCCUGGAGAUGAGAUGGCAGAGGUGGGGUGUGCGGCACGAGACUUAUUACAGGAUCAAACCAGAGCCUUUCUCUUCCCCUCUCCAGUGCAGAAAAGCUUUGGGAGUGUGGUGUUCCCAAACAAGCGAGGCAGAGGGGUAUGAGGAGGAGCAGAGCCCUUCUGCUGAGCGAGGAGGAGGGAAAGGAUGCCUGCACCAUUUCCCAGCAAACUUCUACACUGUUAAACUUGAUUCUGUCCUCUAGCACAGAGGAACAUGCUCUACAGAUCAAAAGGGAUCCAGAGGGAGAAAGACUCACUAGAGACAAAGUCCUGAUGCCUUGGAAAGCCCGGAGGGUUUAAGCUCCCUUGGUGGUGCUAGCGUGAGCUCAGCAUCAGGGUUCUUUGCAGAAAGACCUUAGCUGUCAGCCAGCAAGAGUGGCCUCCGCUUGCCGCACAUUGCCGUUAAUAACUCGGGGAGGCAGCCACAUGCUUGCUGCUGAGCCGUACUGAAUUUCUCUUGGGUCUCAUCAAGUCUCUAGGUUUGCUGGCUGCACUGCCUGGCUUGGCACUGGCUCUGUGCUGCGAGGACAGAGCCUCUUCUAACCUCUGUGCGCUGAUGAAAGGUGCCUGAAAGGCUGCCCUGAACCUGAGUCCUGCGGGCACAGGGUGUGCCACAGCAAGGCGCUGGGGCCAGGGCACGAGGGGUUGCUCUAGGACGCUGGCUGUCACUGCUGCCUGAUCACGCUUCGGGCAAGGACACCUCUUCUGGCGGAUAAAAGGUGGUGUGAUAUGCCGCAGCACGGACCACCUGGCAGCUCCCACCACUGUGUGAACUGUCUCAUCAAUUUUUGGUUGUUUGGGAUUGUAUUCUAGAGGGAAGGGACUUUGACAUUUACCAUGGCUGUAGUACUCCAGAUGGAUCCUUUUAUGUUAAUAUACAGAUUUGAAUAAAAGUGACACAAAUCUCUGUUUG